AUUCAUCAUUUGGAACUGCCUUGAAAACAACACAAUAUGUGUAAUUUUGUAAACAUUAUACUCCUUUUUCUUUCUUUUCUCCAACCUGUCCACUGUAAGCUUUGCGACGGCAGAUAUUUCGACAUUGUGGGUCGAGUGGUGUUCGGAGAAGCCCGCAAUGAACCAAUGGCGGCCAAGCUCGGGGUCGUUUACACGAUGCUGAACAGAAUGCGUCACGAGGCGUACCCCAACAACCUGUACUCCGUCAUCUACGAGAGAAUGACCACCGGGGACUACAUGUUCCAGACUCUGAACGAUGCCAAUCACACGCUGGAGUGGCAACAAGCCAAAAUCAAUAGAUAUCCGGAAUAUGAGGACGUGUUUCAGGCGACAGUGGACGCUUUGUGUCGGUAUAAAUCUGAUCCUACUACAUGUGCGACAAACUUCUGCUCGACUGAUCCGUGUCCUGCUACGGAAUCUAAUCCUUGGUGGCUUGCCACGAAUAAAAUACAAUUAGGAAACCUAUACUUUGUCUGUAGAGUGAGUGCUACGGCGUCUAGAAACUCUCGAGAUCGAGGAAGAGGUUAAAGUGUUCGAAGUGUUCCAGAAUCGUGAGACCUCUAGUGAACACCACUAAACAUAGAAACAGAAACUUGUAUAUUUAUGUAUAUUCGCCUCAUCAUUUAUUGUGUUUUACGAUAAUGAAAAAUAACAACAAAGCAUACAUUUACCUA